UACCUCAAUAUGUUAAAUAAAAUGAAAUUAUUAGGAAUUUAAUAGACAGAAUUCGUUUAUAUAUUUCUGAAUAUUUGUUUUCGUUAUAUUUUCGUUUAACGCUUGUUAACCUCAACGUUUCAUAAAUACCCAGUGAAAUUAUAACAAAAUAUUUUUACAUUUAUUUAUACAAGUUUACAUUCUGUGUUAAAUAAUGGAUCAUAAUAGCAUUCAAUUAAUGGAAGAUAUUACGUUAGAAGGAAAUUUGGAAACAAAUGUCACAAAUUCAUCAGGAAAAAAUAAAGCCAAAAGCCAUAGUUUUCAUGGAUCGGACAAAUUUAAAGUGGAAAUGCAAACUUUAAGAAUAUCGGAAGAGUCUGAACGACAGCUUUUUGAUACUUUGAAACAGAUUUAUGGUUCUAGUUUUAAACUUUCCAGUGCAUCAGAAUUUGAGGACAAGAGAUCAAACUUGAGCAAACAAUAUUGGAUGGAAAGAGGUAAUUUAGUUAUCAAAGAAAUAGUCGAUUAUUCGUCCAAAGAUGAUACACCUAAAACUCAAGAACAAAUCACUAGACAAUUUGCAACAACUAAACUUACAAGUUAUGGUUUUCAUCAAUCACAUUGUGUUGAAGCAUUGAUGCAUGCAGAAGGUAACGUGGGGAAGUCUUUGGAGAUUUUAUUUUAUAAAUAUUAUGGACUUGAAAAUAUUCCAAAGAAUAAGAUACUUGAGGAUAUUGAUGCAACAGAUUUAUUAGAGAAGCAAAAUGAAGAAAAAGAAGCACUUGAAUCUAUUUAUGGAGAUAUGUUUGUAGAAAAAAUAAGAAAUCAGAUUUGGAUUGUGCAAGUUAAAUUAGAUUAUUUAGUAAGAAAUGAUAAAAUAGAACAAGAAAUUAAAAUGAUCAAACAACAACAAAAAAAAGAAAAGGAGAGGGAAGUUUGUAGAUUAUUUAUUCAUAAAAAAUGUAGAUUUGGUAAUAAAUGUAGAUUUUUGCAUCAACAACCACAAGUAUUAAAAAUGCCAGAAAGGGAAGAUCCAUACUUCACCUUAGAAAUAAGGUUUCCUGAAGGUUGUAAAUACCCAUAUGAUCCGCCAUAUUUCUAUUUUUAUAAAAAUAAUGGUACAUUUCCAAGUAUAAAGUGCUUAAGGAUAGUAAGAAGACUGUAUGAUGAAGCAUUAUCAUUAUCUGCAGAUGGAACUCCUUCCAUCUUUUCAGUAAUAUCUCUUUUGGAGAAUGAACAGGAGAUAAAAGAAUAUUUGGAAGAAAAUAAAGAACAAUUCUUAGAUCAAAGUGAAUUACUAUUUCCAAAGCAAUUAGAAAAUGAAAAUGAUGUAAAUACAGUUAUGCAUCAUGAAUUAGGUUCUAUCAGUAGAAAAACUAGAGAUAACAUUUCAUGGGAAGAAACACUGAAAGAAAAUAAUUUAAUUCAAAAAAAUUUUAAAGAAAAGCAAACAAAUCACAGAUACAAGAAGAUGAAAGAAGUUAGAAAAACACUGCCUGCUUGGUCUAAGAUGGAUUACAUUUUAGAAGUGAUACAUAACAAUCAGGUUAUUAUAAUUUCAGGUGAAACAGGAUGUGGUAAAAGUACACAGGUACCGCAAUUUUUAUUAGAUGAUUGGAUUCUUAAUAGAUCUGAAUCUAGAGAACAUAUUAAUAUAAUAUGUACACAACCUCGAAGGAUUAGUGCAAUAGGAGUAGCUGAAAGAGUUGCAUCAGAAAGAGAUGAACAAAUAGGUGAAACAGUAGGAUACCAAAUACGACUGGAGAGCAAAAUUUCUAGCAGAACGAGAUUAACGUUUUGUACAAUUGGAAUUUUGUUGCAAAGAUUAUCUUUGAAUCCAGAAUUAACUGAUGUUACACAUAUUAUUGUAGAUGAAGUUCAUGAAAGAAGUGCGGAAAGCGACUUUUUGUUGAUGCUGUUGAAGGACUUAUUAUCAAAAAAUUCAAAUUUAAAAGUAAUACUUAUGAGCGCAACACUUAAACCAGAAAUCUUUUCUUCAUACUUCAAAGAAGCUCCUAUUUUACAUAUACCGGGGAAGACAUUUCCUGUUGAGCAAAUUUUUUUAGAAGAUAUACUUGAAAAGAUAAAUUAUAUACUUGAAGAAAAUUCCAAAUUUACACGGAAAAUUACAGGUGAUUGGAUGCAAUUGCAAACGGACUUAGAAAUUGCAGAAAUUGAAGGUCCUUCUGCUCCUGUGCCUAGAGAGUCUCUUCAGGACGAAAAUUUAUCGUUAACGCAAAUAGUCUGUAGAUAUCAGGGCUAUAAUAAACAAACGCAUAAAAAUUUAUAUGUUAUGGAUCAUGAUAAAAUAAAUUUUGAACUUAUAGAAUCAAUAUUAGAAUGGAUUAUUUUUGGAGAACAUGAUUAUCCAAAAACGGGUUCCAUUUUAAUAUUUUUACCUGGAUUUGCUGAAAUUCUUUCAUUGAAAGACCUAUUGAAUGAUAAUAAAUACCUUUCACCAAAAACGGGGAAGUUUAUUAUCAUACCGUUACAUUCAUCUCUAUCAAAUGAAGAGCAAAAUUUAGUUUUUAAAAGAACUGGAGAUGUUAGGAAAAUUGUGCUAAGUACAAAUUUAGCUGAAACAUCUAUUACUAUAGAUGAUUGUGUAUUUGUAAUUGAUAGUGGAAAAAUGAAAGAGACCAGGUUCAAUUCGAAUCAAAACAUAGAAAGUUUAGAAACAUGCUGGGUAUCACGAGCGAAUGCGCUACAAAGAAAAGGUCGUGCUGGACGUGUAAUGUCCGGAAUUUGUAUUCAUCUUUAUACUUCGUACAAAUUCAAGUACCAGUUUACAGCCCAGUCAGUACCUGAAAUAUUAAGAAUUCCUUUAGAGCCUUUAUUAUUACGUAUCCAACUUUUACACAAAGGCAAAAAAGUAGACUUUCACAAAAUUCUAGGUAAAAUGUUAGAACCACCAACAACUGAAAGCAUUAGUAAUGCGAUCAAACGCUUACAAGAUGUUGGUGCAUUUAAUUCUGAAUGUACAUUAACACCAUUAGGUCAUCAUCUUGCGAUGUUACCUGUAAAUAUUAGGAUUGGAAAAUUGAUAUUAUUUGGAGCAAUUUUUUGUUGCCUUGAUUCCGCACUUACUAUUGCAGCCUGUUUGUCUUACAAAAAUCCAUUCAAUAUACCAUUUGAUAAAAGACAUAGAAUUGACAUUAAGAAGGAAUUUAUUACAGCUAAUUCUGAUCAGUUAACUAUUCUUAAAGCUUAUAAGAAAUGGUUUGAAGCAUGCGCACGCAGUAAUAAUGCUGGUCAAGCUUUUGCUAAUGAAAACUAUUUAUCUGUGCGUACACUACAUACUUUAGCAGAUAUAAAGUAUCAAUUCUUAGAAUUAUUAGUUUCGUUUGGUUUUAUUCCUAUUGAUUUACCUAAACGUCAGCCAAGUGUUGAUAAAAUUUUGGAAAUUACUGGAUUUGAACUUAAUGUCAACAAUGACAAUUAUAAACUUCUGCAAGGUUUGCUUUGUGCAGCUCUUUACCCCAAUGUUGUUAAAGUUUUUACCCCGGAAAAAUCCUUUCAAGUACAAUCUGUCGGAGCAGUUCCGAUGCAACCAAAGGCUAAAGAACUUAGAUUUCAAACUAAAAAUGACGGUUUCGUCAAUAUUCAUCCAUCUUCUGUCAACUUUCAUACUGGUCAUUUCCCCAGUCCAUAUUUAGUAUUUCAGGAGAAAAUUAAAACAAGCAAAGUAUUUAUCAAAGAAGUUUCAAUGGUACCACAUUUAUCGUUAAUUUUGUUUUCUGGUUAUGAGUUAAAUAUAGAAUUACAUAAUGGGAUAUUUAUUGUGUCAUUAGAAGAUGGUUGGAUUUUACUUGGUGUUGAAUCACAUAGGGUGGCUCAACUUCUACAAAGAGUGAGAAUAGAAUUAUCCAAAUUAUUGGAACAAAAAAUGAAAGAUCCACUUUUAAAUCUUUUAAAUUAUCAAAACGGGAAAAAAAUUAUACAAACAAUUGUAAAUGUAAUAACAAGAGAAUAGAAUGUAAUAUAUUAUAAAUGUAUUUAAUAUUAAUUAACUGCUUAUAGAAAAAUGUUAUGAUUGUGAUAUUAUCAUACAAAAAAGUAAAUGUACAAUGUAAUUAAAAUUGCUAUA